CCCACGGCCCGGGCCAAGGGGCGGAGCCGUCCGGCCGCCCAGCCUGGCCCGGCCCCCAGCCCGGCCCCUCAGCCCAGAGGCACCGGCCGCGGGAGCGAGCCGCUCGCGAUUUCGCCACCCGCGCUGGUCCGGACUCCGCCGCGCAGAACCCCGCACCGCGCCCGCCUCGCCGGCCUGUCCGUGGCAGCCCUGCCAAGCGCAGCCAGCGCCGGCCUGGCAGGGCGCCGAGAGAGAGACUGAGAGAGAGGGAUCGCCGCGGAGCCGGGGCCUCCGGCCGGUGCGGGACGCGCGGCCCGGGAGCGCCGGAGAGGGCGGCGCAGCGUGGGGACGGUGCUCCGGGCGCCGGCGCGUCCCCCGCGCCCGGGGCCGGCCACGCCGGGGUUCCUGCGGGGGCGGCGCAGUUGCGAAACUGACUGACUCCAGCGCCUCUGCCUUCUGCGUGUUCCUGUGGCCGGAGACAUGACCUGACACCCUGAUGAGCGCUUUCAGGGCCCUGGGGUGACAAGCCGGUGCACCAUGGAACUUAAAGUAUGGGUGGAUGGAGUUCAGAGAAUUGUGUGUGGGGUCACUGAAGUCACAACGUGCCAGGAGGUCGUGAUAGCCUUGGCUCAAGCAAUAGGUCGAACCGGAAGGUACACUCUCAUAGAGAAAUGGAGAGAUACCGAGAGACACCUGGCGCCUCACGAGAACCCCAUUAUAUCCCUGAACAAGUGGGGGCAGUACGCUAGUGAUGUCCAGCUCAUCCUGCGGCGCACCGGGCCGUCCCUCAGCGAGCGGCCCACUUCGGACAGCGUGGCUCGGAUUCCCGAGAGAACUUUGUACCGGCAGAGCUUGCCGCCCUUAGCCAAACUGAGGCCCCAGAUUGACAAGUCGAUCAAAAGGCGAGAACCCAAAAGGAAAUCCCUGACAUUCACAGGAGGUGCCAAAGGAUUAAUGGACAUUUUCGGAAAAGGCAAGGAAACGGAAUUUAAGCAAAGGGUGCUGAACAACUGCAAGACGAGCGCCGACGAGCUCAAGAAGUUGAUCCGCCUACAGACAGAGAAGCUGCAGUCGAUCGAGAAGCAACUGGAGUCCAACGACAUAGAAAUACGAUUCUGGGAGCAGAAAUACAGCUCCAGCCUUGAAGAGGAAAUUGUCCGCCUGGAGCAAAAGAUCAAAAGGAACGAUGUAGAAAUUGAGGAGGAGGAAUUUUGGGAAAAUGAGUUACAGAUUGAACAGGAAAACGAAAAACAGCUGAAGGAUCAGCUCCAAGAAAUACGACAGAAGAUCGCAGACUGUGAAAACAAACUAAAGGACUACCUGGCCCAGAUCCAGACCAUGGAGAGCGGACUCGAGGCUGAGAAAUUGCAGCGGGAAGUGCAGGAAGCCCAGGUCAACGAGGAGGAGGUCAAGGGGAAGAUCGGCAAGGUCAGAGGGGAGAUCGACGUGCAGGGGCAGCAGAGCCUGCGGCUGGAGAAUGGCAUCAAGGCUGUGGAGCGGUCCCUGGGACAGGCCACCAAGCGGCUGCAGGACAAAGAACAAGAACUGGAGCAGUUGACUAAAGAGCUGCGACAGGUCAACCUCCAGCAGUUUAUCCAGCAGACAGGGACAAAAGUGACCGUGUUGCCAGCUGAGCCCAUCGAAAUAGAGGCAUCCCACACAGACAUCGACAGAGAGCCGACAUUCCAGUCUGGGUCCCUGAAGCGCCCUGGGUCCUCUCGGCAGCUGCCCAGCAACCUGCGGAUUCUGCAGAGCCCCGUGUCAUCUGGCUUUAACCCUGAGGGCAUAUACGUCUAAGGGCAGCUUCCUUGAGAUGAGAGACCAGCGGAGGUACCAAGGAUGGUCGGGUCCCUUCUGUGAUGUGUGCCAAUGAUGAACAGAGGACAUAAUUUCUUUUCUCUCUCCUAAACCGCAUACCACUUGGAGCCAAAUCCUGUGCACUGAUCAAAAGGACAGAGAGGCUGUGUCUUCACA